AUGAAGAGAUACAGAAAUGGGAAACCCAUCAAAUUGAAACCAUACCUUCCCCAUUUUUUCGUGUGGCUCCAGAAGGCGGAGAAUGCUGAGCUGGUGGUACUCGGAAACGCCCAUCUCCCGAAUCCUUUCACCAGAGAAGCUGUGGUCGAAGUGGGUCUAUUCCACCUACUAGUUGGUCUAAAAGGCAGUUCCGCCGAAUCUUGGGACUGGGAAAACCAAAAGAUUCAUCUAGAUGCACUUCAGAAUCAGAUCAGAAAAACCCUGGACUUUGAAUCUUUGGAUGAUCCACUUUUGUCUCACACUGUGGAUACCUUACUACGAGACUACCAGGUUGAAGGGAUGCCACAAGUCCAAAAAUCCUUGGUCACGCUGGCUGUCUCCAUAAUUGGAUCCGCUGCUCCGGAAAUCUACCAAGACUCACAUUUGACAAUCAUUCCGUGGCUCAAAUGUCUUUUUGCAUCCUCAGUGUCUGAGUCUUAUAGACUUAUCGAACAAGCCAAUUCCAUCCCACCUUGCAUUUAUUCAGACAUCUUACUACGAACGCCAAUUUCAAGAAAAGAGCUUCAUCUACAACUUAGUGUUUGGAACACCUUCACGACGGAAAUAGGCCGCUACUACGACCUCAGAACAUCCCAUCUAACAACCAUAAUGUCCAACCUCAGCUACUACAGCGUGCAUUACGACCACACAUGUCUUUAUGAUCUCACCAAGCAUAAUCUACAGCAUUUCACGGCGACUAAUCCAAAUCGAAAGUACGCUCUUUUCAAGCCAUCGCAGGUCAACAAGCUUCUCUGGACUUUGACCUCCAUCCUUAUGCAUACCUUCCUGCCAUCUAGCCAGGCCUCAAUGUCAGUUAUCAGAUCACAAGAACUUCUUGUGAAGCACAUCACACAUGCUAACUUAUCUCAACUAGGUUUCAUGGCUGUUGUAAUAUCACUUCGGCAAGUUGCCGAGGAAAAAGCGCAGAAGCUCCUCAAGCAUGCCAAACAUCAACACCCAGACCCUUCGGUAGAAGUAUACUUGGCCAACAUUUAUCUAUCCACGACUCCAGAGGAGCUCUUGCACAAUUUUAACGUUGCCAUGUCACGGUAUGAGAAAUCAGCCGCUCUAUGGCUUGCAUUCAUUACGAAAAUCAACGAGUUCAGUCUCCUCACAGAACACCGCUCACUCAAGGUUCUCGAUCAGCUUCUUGAACGGUCUCAAAAGCUCAUCAUCUCGAAGCAAAUUAUUCUUCUUCUUCUUCAGCCAGUAAAGACGGUUCACGCCAUGGAGGAAUUCAUCGGGAAGCUUCAGAACGCAAACAUGUUGCUGCAAUACUUGGGUAUCGUUCACAGCAAGUACCUUCAGAUAUUGUAUCAGAAUAGCGAGGGAAAGUCACUACGGAAACCAUAUCUCAACCAGUUCAGCAGAUCCUCGUCCAACAUCGAAUGUGCUCGUCUGUUGUACGCAAAUAUCGAGAGAAAGACCGUCUCCAAUAUAGGUGUGAUGCUUGCAGGCGAAAGUUCCCAUCAAGCAGAGAACCUUUACGAUUUGUACAGACAGGAACUCAAUGCCACAUCUCCCGAUGAGAACUGUUUGGUGGCGCUACUCAGAGCAGCAUCCAAGAAGUACUCUGACGAUCACCGUCUUUGGUGGAACAGCCAUCAUGCCAGUCAGAUUGCCGUUUACGAGUUCAAAAUCAAUGUCAGUGACGCUUUUGAUGAUUCGAAGAUAAUGCCGUCCAAUAAAACCUGGCAGCUCUACAUCGGCCUCCUCAAAGACUGUGACUAUACGUCAGAGCUCUCUGAGAUCAUGCGCUGGUGGGAACAAUUGCAUUUUGUUCCUGAAAGGGAUACACUUAUGAAGCUACUUCAAGCUUUACCUACGCCUUUCGCUCAACGUCAUGUCAAGCACUGGCGUAGCGUUCCAGAUUCUGCCUCCAGUCUCCAGGACUGGCCAUGGCCCACAGAAGAAGAGCUACAAGAUCAACUGUAA